AGGAGAAGAGACCCUCAACUACACUGUCCUAUUUUAUGGUCAUGACAAGUCCACGAUAAAGGUCGCUGGGGGCAGGCGAGGCGAGGAACAGAUGCAUCCAUCCGGUCAGUCCAGCUCCAGCAGAAACAGACACCAACAGCUGAUUGGGGACCAUGUGGACGGAGAGCCCGCUGGUCCGCGACGCCGGCGCCGCCGUGCUCACCGGACUCGCCGUGGCAGUCGUGCUCCGCUUCUGGGAGGAGGUCGCCAACCGCGCGCUGCUGGAACAGAAACUUUGCAGGAAACUGGUGCACAUAACUGUUGGAUUAGUGUAUCUCCUCAUGUGGCCUUUGUUCAGUUCAGAUGAUGUCUUUGCCCCAUUUCUUGCUCCGCUUAUUAUCGAAAUCAACAUCAUAAAGGUGACAGUAAUUGGGCUCGGUGUUGUUAAAGAUGAGGGCGUGGUUAACUCGAUGACCAGGCAUGGGGACUACAGGGAACUACUCAAGGGCCCCCUGUAUUAUGCGUGUGCUAUAACUCUGACAACAAUAGUCUUCUGGAGGACAUCCCCCAUCUCAAUCGCCGUGAUCUGCAAUUUGUGUGCGGGAGAUGGUGUUGCUGACAUAGCUGGGAGACGAUUCGGACAAGUGAAGCUCCCUCACAACCCUGGGAAAUCGUAUGCUGGCAGCAUUGCGAUGUUCAUGGCCGGUUUCUACGCAUCAGUGCUGUACAUGUGCUACUUGAACAUUUUCGGAUUUGUUGACAAGAGCUGGGCUAUGGUUGGUGCCUUUGGUGUCAUAUCCCUUGCUGCAGCAGUAGUGGAGUCGCUGCCCAUCAGCACACGCCUUGACGACAACCUGACGGUUCCUCUUGUAUCUGUGCUCGUCGGUGCCCUCGUUUUCUAGUACUUCAUUGGAGCCAAAAUACCUGUGCUGCAUGAGCAGCGAGGACAGCAGCGGCAUCAUUUCAGCAAUCUCUGAGAUGGUGUUUGCAGGCAGCAGCAGCAGCAGCAAGUAGCCGCAGCCCAGAAGCAGAGUGCAUAGAGAGAGGAGUGCUGCUUGAUUGAAUCCCCCUGAUGCGUGUCAUGUCGGUAUCUGAUUCUUCGUGACAGUGGUCUUUGUGUAAGCAAACAUUCUUGUGGCUUGAAAAUGAUUAGUAAGAAAGAAGAAAAAGAAGGAAAUUGAAUAACUUUCUAAUUCCUUUGAAGAUCAAA